AUGAAUCGCCCCUUUAUCAAAGUCUUGACUGCUUUAUUUGCAUGUUUAAUGGAGACCAACAACAGCAGGUAGGUGAAUGGCUACUUUAUUGGCCAUUUAACAUAAACAAAUAAAACUAUUCCAAAUAGAAUGAGAUACUUUCUUGGAUGUAUGUAUAUGUAGCCUAUUCAACUGUAAUGUUAAUUGCUUGAAAAGGCAAAGUGCGUUGCCAUUAAAACAAAGUUUAGGAAUUUGAUUUUGAACCUACCUAAAAAUGAACACAUUCUUUCCUCAUGGACCUCAAAGUUCCAAUGUUAUUAAUGGAAGGUAGAAAUCAUAAAACUUUAAUGUUCAGUCAGUGGUCUGAAAAUAUAGCUUAGGAUGUGUAGCCUAUUUUGCAAAGUUAAUCACUGCCUCUAACUCUGUGGGCGUUGUCAAAACGUGAAAUUAUAGUAGCCUAUGCCGGAGUGAUUUAAUUCAAAAUUUGCAUAGCCUAUAUGUACACAAUGAGGAGAGUCACGAUGCCAAUUCUCCAUUACAGUGAUAAUAAGCUUAUAGCACACCUUGUCUGCCAAGGUGUUCCACACUAUUGGAAUCAUUCCUAAUCAUAUCAUUUGAAUCGCAUUUGUGUUUCUCUGCAUGCCUAUUCAGAUCAGGAUCAUAUUUGGUUGUUUAAGUAGAAAUGUUUUCACCACACUUGUGACUUCUGACCAAGUAAGUAGGUGUUUUUCCUUUGUUUCUCACAGGGUGGUGGAUGCCAAGGAGCAUGAAUCCAGAUCAGGAUCUACUACUAACUUGUCUCCCUCAGACUUUCUGGACUCAUUGAUGGGUAGAACAUCAGGUUAUGAUGCACGAAUAAGACCGAACUUCAAAGGUUGGUUUUUAUUUGACUUUCUUAUGAGUUGUUUAGUGUGGAUUACAAAACCUUCGCAUAAAAUGCAUCUGGGAUAUCAGUGUAUCCACCUACAGUAUAUGGCUAUAUCUAUAUUACUAAAGUAUUGACAUCCCUUACAUAUGAUGUAGGUGUAUACAUUCUCAACUUAACACCCCCUCAAUAGUCAAUAAGGCCCAUUAUGAACAUGAAUUAUGUACUUGUCUAUUGAGCAAAUCCACCCCUUACUGAUUUAAAGAAGAAUGGCUAUCAAUCAUGCCUGUAGACAGUGACAUCAUCAUCCCUGUAGGAUUUAUGGGAUUGAGAUAUCGAACAUGAAGGGCUCACAACAGAACCAAGCAGUAGGCUAGAUAAAUAGUUUUGUAUCUCAGCCCACCAUCACAACACCCAAUAGCUAUAGCUAUUUCUUCAAUUGUCAUUUAUAGUGUGCAACAGCUAUAUUUACCAUCAGUAUUCAACACUAGAAAAACAAUAAUGAGCUUAAAGUUAUAGAUGUUGGCCCCAAGUCAACAGUGGUGCCACAGUGACAGCCACAGAUGAUGGAUGGGUUCCCUCUGGCUAGACUGCUGGCUGUUGAGUUCCUCUAUUGUUGUGUUGUGGUGAGGGGGAGAGACACAGCAUAUGUCACUGUGAUGGAGCUGAGUAAGGAGAGGGAAGGGAACUCAUUGGUGGGGCUUUGUAGCACAGCCACAAAGUCAUACAAUUAAUUUACACCUUAACCACACUGCUAAGCCUAAUGCCUAACCCUAACCUUAAAUUAAGACCAAAAAGCUAAUUUUUGUUUUCAUGAAUUUUACAAUAUAGCCAAUUUUGACUUUGCAGUUGGCCCAUCUAGCGGAAAUCGCUCAGUUCUGCCUCCAUGGCAAGAUUAAUGACAAUAAACGUCAACGGCAGGCAGGUAGGGGCACACCCCAGACAGGGAGGCAGGCAGACCCCAGGCUGGGUCAGGAGGGCUGGGAGACUAGUGGUGGAACCAUGCUGGAGAGAAGGCCACCGUGAGGAGAGUAGCACAGGAAACAGUCUGAGAUUGGUCAGCAAGACUCAGCCUCAACCCAGAAACACUGGCCCAGAUCUAUCCACUCCGUCUGGGAGAAUGGAAAACAAGUGUAGACAAGACCUCAGAAAUGGACUUAAGAUCAGGGGAAGAGUUGUCUGUUCUGAAAAGCAGAAACAAUUUGAAUCAGUAUAUGGACAUGGGAGAAUUCUGGAGUAGAGGUGAUAAAAAGGCUGGAGUGAAAAACACGAUCUUACCUUGUCUGGUACAUUGAUGAUGGAUAGAGUCUCUGGCGGAUAGAGUAUUCCAGUCUAAUGAGGUGUAAUACCACAAAACACAUGCAUGCACACACACACACACACACACACACACACACACACACACACACACACACACACACACACCCCCCACCCCCCAUACUUACAGUACAUUUGCACAUCCAUGUACAGUAUACAGGGAUACACAUAGAUGAUGCUAGUUUAUCACUUACAAACCAUACUGUGUCACAACUAUACCCCACAGUGCUGCUGGAGCCUGACCUACAUUUCCUUGCCGAGGUUGUUGUGCAGAGUUAUUCCGUACAAAAAUUAUGUUACUGACAUUAAAUGUAGUUGCCCGACUACAAACGGAGGCAAAUAUUAAUACCACCACGUCACAUGGAAUAUUGAUGAGGAAUACACACGGGAAGGGCACUGUGCUCACAUCUUAAAUUAACACAGAGACCAAGAUUUGGCGCUGCUUUAAAGGGUCAACGUUGUCUGAGCCUGCUAGGAGAACUCACGUCAGUGAAGGGCGUUGAGAUGACAUAGGGUUUACUAUUUCUUACAAAAUGCACGACCGACCGACCCACCCAGUGUAAGGCUCUCUCUCUCUCCAGCUGACACAAUUGUUUUUUCUCAAGACAUUGUUACUGUCUUGGAUAGAAAGUGUCUAAUCCUGAUUUUGCUUUUCCACUGCUAAUGCAUUUACCAGUCAUUCUGCCACCACUCCUCAAAGAUAGCAGCAUAAUGCCUGUAACACUAAAUGAACUGUUCUGCGUUUGCAUGUGCCACUGUUUGUAAUGCCAUUGAGUGUGUAUGUGUGUCAACGUGUGUCUCUCGGUGUGUCUUUCGGCAUUCGUUUUUAUUUGUCUGUCCUUUAACCCCAUCCAGUAAAACAUUCCUUGUCAUCCUUAUUGAUGUAUUCAAUGACUAGCCCCACUUACCAGGCAACAUACUUUUGAAGUAAGUCAGUAUUUCUGAAUGAUACCAUUGUUUGUUGAAUAUUGGAGUUGAUCCCGCCAUUUUUAACCUGCUCUUAUUACUGUAGCAGGCCUGCUGUGAUGAGAUUAGUCAACCACUAUCUGUGGCUUUAUGACUUGCAUGGUGUACUUUGGAGAACAACAUACCUUGUUUAUGUUGACAGAAAUACAGUGGCUUGCAAAAGUUUUCAUCCCCCUUGGCGUUUUUCCUAUUUUGUUGCAUUACAACCUGUAAUGUAAAUUGAUUUUUUUUGGAUUUCAUGUAAUGGACAUUCACCAAAUUGGUGAAGUGAAAUGAAAAAAAUAACUUGUUUCAAAAAAUUCAAAAGAAUAAAUAACGGAAAAGUAGUGCGUGCAUAUGUAUUCACCCCCUUUGCUAUGAAGCCCCUAAAUAAGAUCUGGUGCAACCAAUUACCUUCAGAAGUCACAUAAUUAGUUAAAUAAAGACCACCUGUGUGCAAUCUAAGUGUCACAUGAUCUCAGUAUAUAUACACCUGUUCUGAAAGGUCCCAGAGUCUGCAACACCACUAAGCAAGCGGCACCACCAAGCAAGCGGCACCAUGAAGACCAAGGAGCUCUCCAAACAGGUCAGGGACAAAGUUGUGGAGAAGUACAGAUCAGGGUUGGGUUAUAAAAAGAUAUCUGAAACUUUGAACAUCCCACGGAGCACCAUUAAAUCCUCUGUAGCUCAAUUGGUAGAGCAUGGCGCUUGUAACGCCAGGGUAGUGGGUUCGAUCCCCGGGACCACCCAUACGUAAAAAUGUAUGCACACAUGACUGUAAGUCACUUUGGAUAAAAGCGUCUGCUAAAUGGCAUAUUAUUAUUAUUAUUUUAAAAAUGGAAAGAAUAUGGCACCACAACAAACCUGCCAAGAGAGGGCAGCCCACCAAAACUCACGGACCAGGCAAGGAGGGGCAUUAAUCAGAGAGGCAACAAAGAGGCCAAAGAUAACCCUGAAGGAGCUGCAAAGCUCCACAGCGGAGAUUGGAGUAUCUGUCCAUAGGACCACUUUAAGCCGUACACUCCACAGAGCUGGGCUUUACGGAAGAGUGGGCAGAAAAAAGCCAUUGCUUAAAUAAAAAAAUAAGCAAACAAACAUUUGGUGUUCGCCAAAAGGCAUGUGGGAGACUCCCCAAACAUAUGGAAGAAGGUACUCUGGUCAGAUGAGACUAAAAUUGAGCUUUUUGGCCAUCAAGGAAAAUGCUAUGUCUGGCGCAAACCCAACACCUCUCAUCACCCCGAGAACACCAUCCCCACAGUGAAGCAUGGUGGUGGCAGCAUCAUGCUGUGAGGAUGUUUUUCCAUCGGCAGGGACUGGGUUACUGGUCAGAAUUGAAGGAAUGAUGGAUGGCGCUAAAUACAGGGAAAUUCUUGAGGGAAACCUGUUUCAGUCUUCCAGAGAUUUGAGACUGGGACAGAGGUUCACCUUCCAGCAGGACAAUGACCCAAAGCAUACUGCUAAAGCAACACUUGAGUGGUUUAAGGGGAAACAUUGAAAUGUCUUGGAAUGGCCUAGUCAAAGCCCAGACCUCAAUCCAAUUGAGAAUCUGUGGUACUACAAAACCAUGGUGCUUACCUACGGAGCUGUGAGGGGAACGGCACCUCCUUACCUUCAGGCUCUGAUCAGAACCUACACCCAAAUGAGGGCACUACGUUCAUCCACCUCUGGCCUGCUAGCCCCCCUACCUCUACGGAAGCACAGUUCCCGCUCAGCCCAGUCAAAGCUAUUCGCUGCUCUGGCACCCCAAUGGUGGAACAAGCUCCCCCACGACGCCAGGACAGCGGAGUCUCUGACCACCUUCCAGAGACACUUGAAACCCUACCUCUUUAAGGAAUACCUGGAAUAGUCCAACACAAUCAAUUUUAAUUCCAGGUUGUAAGGCAACAAACUAGGAAAAAUGCCAAGGGGGGUGAAUACUUUCGCAAGCCACUGUACAUAUAGCCCAUAUUUUGGUGAUAGAUAGGUCAUAAAAAAAAUACAUUUAUUACACUCAAGUCACGUCCAACAGAUAUUGCACCACUAUCUUCCUCACCUCUAUUUGCUAAAGCACCCCGUGCAGAUAAAAAACGUAUUUACUUUUUCUUGUCACCUCAUUCUCAUUCGAUUUCACAGGUCCCCCUGUAAACAUUAUAUGCAAUAUUUUUACCAACAGUUUCAGCUCGGUCACAGAGAACACCAUGGUAAGUGUCCCGAACGUCUUCUUGCUUUACCUCUUCCCUGUCAAACAUGUCAAUGUGCUAUCUAUCCUCCAACCUACAGGUCCCCCAGUUAAUGUUACCUGCAACAUAUUUAUCAACAGCUUUGGUUCUAUAGCAGAAACUACAAUGGUGAGUUGGAGUGUUGUGCUUGGUCAUGUUAUCUACAGCCUGGAAUGUGUUUUGCUCAUCUGGAGUUUAAGAUUUAAAUAAUUCAAUUUCUUUACUGUUCAUGAGCUAAUUUUCCUUUUAGUUUAUGGAUGUUUAAAACGUUUGCUUCUUCAUGUGCGAUGAUUCACUUUGUCCCAUCCCCAUAGUCUAUUGGCAACUCCAGGGGGCAAGUAUAGCACACAGACACUGAGCACCACAAUGUAAUCAAAUAUCUUUCCCAUUAUACUCAAGGCAAUAUUGGAUUGCUAUUCCCAUGACACUCCCUUGUGCAAGUGUUAGAUUAGUUCUGUUUUAAUAAUUUACACAGUGAAUGCAAGCACAUAAUUCACUUUAAUUGCAGCCAAUAGCUGUAGGUGUGAGAUUUAAGCAGAUUGAUUGGGUGUAAUAUUUGAAGACAUCCAACUGCCCAAGGGGUAAACAAUAGCAAACCUGGAAUCCGCAUUGAGAUCCCAUUCAAUAGCUAUAUCGCAAUGACAAUCUUUGCCAGCUGAGCCGGGUUUCAAACAUUUGCUCACAGUUGUUCAAUAACUUCUCACACAUAAGCAUACACAUCUGGGACCGCCAAUAGGCUGUUGACCGCAAAUACACUGCUGCCUACCAAAUAGGUCUGUUCUGAGAGGGUGAGAAAAGGCAUCUCAUCUGAUAUGAUCUGUUCAUCUGCAAUCAAUGUAGCUUCUUAAAACCUGCAUGAUUCAAUACUAAAUGCAUCUUCAAACUUAAAUGAUGAUGGCUCCUUUCAACAAAUUUGAAUCUACUCUUAAAUUGUAAUUUGGAUUUUAGAUGAUGGUAUUGCGUGGUGAUUUACAAACGUACAAAUAUGCAUUGAAAUCCAUGUAUUGCAUCCAUUCAUUCAUGCUAUUGUUUUUCAUAUUACAAUUCUAUGUAAAAAAGAAAUUGAGCAAUUUCUCUAGUUAAGGUUGUGGUAGUGCCACAGUUAGUGUCAGUAUUCUAUUACCAUUUUACUAUUGAUAUUAAUAUUAAUAUCAUUGGUGCAAUAUUAGCGCCUUAGUACCAAAUGUCUUGGGGUAAUACUGCAUGUCACUACGAUGGAACCAAAAACCUGAGGCAGGCAUUUGGCUUACAUAUUAAGAGGACAAUGUUGUUUUGUAUUAGUAGCGCUAUCAUUCUAAAUAUGUAAAAGUCCAUUGCAAAAUAAUGUUUUCAUGAGUAAGUGACCAGUCAUUGUAUUCACUGACUGUGUGACACAACAUAUUCUGGUCAUCAAAAGUAUAGUACUCUAUAUUUAAUGGAGAUAAACAAAGCAGUUGUAAAGCUAAUUUCACUAUUUCCUCAAGGAUUACAGAGUGAACAUCUUCCUGCGACAGAAGUGGAGAGACCCUCGGCUGGCGUAUAGCAAAUACCCAGACUCCUCUCUGGACCUGGACCCAUCCAUGUUGGAUUCUAUCUGGAAACCUGACCUGUUCUUCGCAAAUGAGAAAGGCGCCAACUUCCAUGAUGUCACCACAGACAACAAGCUCCUGAGGGUCUUCAAGGAUGGUACCGUCCUGUACAGUAUCAGGUCAGAUGUGGGGCUGCAUUGAAUGGUGGACUCAACUCUAUUGCUUGGGGAAAUAAAUGCAAUAGGCUGGAAAGAUGUAGAACAAGGUCAUGCUGAAAAUGUCCUGUUGGAAACAUCCAAACAAAUAAAAGAUUCAAAUCCAGUGAGAUUUCAGCAGACAAUCAGAGAUUCCCUUUAACGUUAGUCUACCUCCAAGCCCUUAACCCACAUGUAAUUACUUUCGUAAGAAACACCUUUCUACAUCAAAGACAACCUCUCUGGUUUCAUGGGAUUCAUCUCAAUAAAGCAUUCCUUCACCUGAAGGAAUUUGCUGCAAUAUGGUCUCCACUAAGAGUCUCCAUAGAAACACAAACUACUAGAGUAGCCAAAGGCUACAGGGACAUUUUCUCCAAAGAUGUUUAGAAUACGUUCAGGGAAGGAGUAUGGAAAAAAAGCUGCUCAUGUAGGCUAUUCAUUUCCAUUGGGCAUUAGCUACAAGUAUAUAUGCUUCAUCCCUAGCGUUGCACGAGAUCAGUAAGAUGGAAUCACUUAGAGUAGUAGAUGCAGCCCACUCAUAGUAGAUGAGACAUGGGUAACCUUCAUGCAAUAGCCACCUCUUACAAAAAUCACUACUACACUUACAUUACAUUUCAUUUCAAUAUCACUUCAGUCACACAACUCAGCCUCAGACUUAAACCUUGAGGCAGUGGAAUAAUGCCUCUCAAUUUUGUCUAUUUGGAGAGCUGAUUCAGGCAGGGGAGCCCAGGUGUGGAGGGAGGCAGGGGGUUCUGAGAGAACAGAUGAAAGGUGGUUAGCCGCUCGCUCCAUUCAUGAGAGAAGAGAUGAGAGAGGGAGCAGACUGCAGACGACAAUACAUCUCAGACGCAAUAACGGUCCAGUAAUGAAAGUGUGAUAAGAACCUGCUGAAAGGAAUCCCACGUGCUGUGUGGGAGGAGGAGGCUCUCAGAGGGGAAGGAGAAAGAGCAUUGACUGCAGGAGAGGAGCAUAUGUUUGGCACAUACUGUACACAAUAGGCAUACAUUGUAGGGAGCUUGUAUUUAAGUCUCACUUGAAACAGUAACAAUUAGGUUCCAUGUAAGAUUUUUGCUUUACCAUUACAUGCAUCUGUUGAGUGAGGUAUAGAACACGAUAAUGUAAUAUCCCAGUAUCUACAGAAUUUAUAUAAUUUAUUUGUACAUUCACAAAGAAUGCUUGCACAGUUGACUCCUUACUUUGACAUGUCUCUUCCUCAAAGGUUGACUCUCAUUCUAUCUUGUCCGAUGGAUCUGAAGAACUUUCCCAUGGACAUGCAGAUCUGUACCAUGCAACUGGAAAGCUGUAAGUGACUGCUCCUUACAACCCACAUGGUAGAGCACAUGCAAUAUGGAUUGUAAAAAUGCAAUAACAUCUCAAACAUCUUUGCUGUAUUCAUGAAUUCCUCAGUUGGCUACACCAUGAAUGAUUUGAUCUUCGAGUGGGAGAGCAAGGACAAAAAUCCUGUGCAGGUGGCUGCAGGGCUGACCCUCCCCCAGUUCAUCAUGAGAGAUGAGAAGGAGCUGGGAUACUGUACCAAAAGCUACAACACCGGUCAGAGAACUACACACACACAUACUGUACACACACACACCAUACACACCGACAUUCUCACGCACACACACCACACCUCUCACCACACCGUCCCUGAUCUGAGGUGUCAGUGUGUUUUGUUCUCCAGGUAAAUUCACCUGCAUUGAGGUGAAGUUCCACCUGGAGAGACAGAUGGGUUACUACCUGAUCCAGAUGUACAUCCCCAGCCUCCUCAUAGUCAUCCUCUCCUGGGUCUCCUUCUGGAUCAACAUGGACGCCGCGCCCGCCAGGGUGGCGCUGGGCAUCACCACUGUGCUCACCAUGACAACCCAGAGCUCCGGCUCCCGAGCCUCCCUUCCUAAGGUAAUCCUGUUAACCCAAGCAGGGUGAGUGGACAAUCUGAUGGAGGAGAGAGGGAUAAUAGGCCAUGUUCAGAUCAAUCAAUCUUCCGUUUUCUACUCAUGUUAGAUGUCAUACAUAAUCAAAUAUUGUUCAUGAAAUGUAAAUAUGCCUAAGAUUCCAUGCUUCCCUGAAUUUUGAGUUCUGAUUCAAGUGUCCUAGGGCAAUAGAUAAGCAAUCAAUUGAUUUAUAUCAAGGGAAUAUCAAUGCAUUUGUGAAGUCUUUCAUUUUUAAAUUAAUAAGUUGUAAAACAGAGAAGACCAUUAAACAUUACCUUUUCACAAUAUAUUUUAGAAAUCUAUUUAACUUGUUACAAUAGUGAUUUAGGUGGUGAUAUAACAUUACUAAAUUAAACAGGAGUGGAUACACAACGACUGUACACUGUCAAACACUAAAUUGCUAUUCAAACUUACGCUAGCAAGAGGCCUUCGGUGUGAGUCAUCUCUUGAAGAUCAAUCAUUUUCCUACACAUUGGACUGCACACGACCACAGAGGGACCGGCCACGUCAAAGAGGCCCGCAUGAAAGAGACGCUGAUAAAUAUUUAGAGAGAUGACUUUGAGAGGCCCAACUCAGAACAACAAAAGCUCUAUAUGCCUAAAGAGCACUCAACAACGUUGAGUUGUUUUCUCUCCAUGCAAAUUACCUGUCAUUUUGAGAGACAGACGAGGUCAUUGUAUGAUGAAUAAGAGGGCAUCCUUCAGAUUCUAGCCUCCAUCUCACCUCCGGCAGGGCGAUAAAGGCUUCAGUCCAGCUGCUACUGUUUCCUUUAUGUUACCUUGGUAAUUGAAGCAGCAAUUAUUUCCUUCCAGUGCUAUCGCUGAAAUCACUCAUAUCAACAUGAGUGUUGAAAGUUUAAAGCACUCGUUAGCAAAUACCACCCCUCUAAUGAUGGUGAUUUAGAAUUUUCAGCAACUCUGAUUAACAUAACAAAGCACAAUGAGGGAAGAUAAUAUUCCCAUUGAAAUGUUAAUUGAACGAUGCAUCGUGACGCCACCACAUACAAGGAUGAAUCAGUCCCAGUAAACUACUGUUUGUGUGUUUCUUGUCACAGGUGUCCUAUGUGAAGGCCAUUGAUAUCUGGAUGGCCGUGUGUCUCCUGUUUGUAUUCGCUGCCCUACUGGAAUAUGCUGGGGUUAACUUUGUCUCCAGGCAACAGAAGGAUUUACUUCGCUUGAGGCGAAGACAGAAGCGGACUCACAAGGUAAACACUCUGGUCUUGAGGAGCAUCCCACUGGACAAACACUGGUUGAAUCAACGUUGUUUCCACUCCAUUUCAAUGAAAUUACAUUGAACCAACGUGGAAUAGAUGUUGAAUUGACGUCUGUGUCCAGUGGGAUUGCCUUUAGAACAGCUGUAGCUCAGCUGGUAGAGCACGGCGCUUGUAACGCCAAGGUAGUGGGUUCGAUCCCCGGGACCACCCAUACACAAAAAUGUAUGCACGCAUGACUGUAAGUCGCUUUGGAUAAAAGCGUCUGCUAAAUGGCAUAUUAUUAUUAUUAUUAUUAUUAUUAUUAUUAACAGUCAGUCACUGCAAAGCCAAGACUCAUGAACCAUUUUUAAAGAGUGGGAGUUCCACUCUAGUAUUUUUUAAAUUGAUAUUGAAGAGAUGGGGAGAGACUGGAAAGAUGGAGAAAAUGUGUGUUGAAAAUGCGACAUGGGAUCGGGAUUCGAUCAAUCCCAUGCUCACAGAGGCUUACAUGCCCCAAAGGCAGGCGGUGCCAGUAACUGCUAGACCAAAUCCCAGGGCCUCAUGGCUGAACAUAUGAAUGGUGUCUUUCAAAAGGAAGUGUGACAUGAUGAAACUGGGCUGAAUGAACAUUUAGGGCAGUCAGAGACUUUUUGCCUGAAGUUCAAGUUGGCCAUUUUGAAGGCAAAGUGUGUCAGGUUAUCUAAGGUUAUCUAAGUGUGUCAGCUUGUUGUUGUUGCUGCAGCAGAGGGAGGGAGGGAUGGAUGUAGGGAGGGUGUAUCUGUAUCUGGGAGACAGCUGUGUCCCCAGUGUUAAUGAAGCAGCCGUAGAUGUCGCCUGGAGGCAUCCUCAGGUAAAGGGUACAACACCUGAGUCACGGGCCAAGAAAAGGACGCAAGUACAUGGCUACUGGCCAUACACCACAAUGUCAUAGUGUGUGUGCACAUGGGAGUGUGUCUGAAACUCUUUCUCUCCAUUGAACAGAAGCAUACUCACCAUGGUUCUGUAUUGUCUUUGUUUUGUUUCACCAGGAUGACGACAUCAGGGAUGGCCGCUUCAAUUUCUCUGGUUACGGCAUGACUCAGUGUCUGAAGGAUGGGUCGGCUGUUAAAAACGCUGUCCCAAACCCCAGCCCAGCACCACCAACCCCUAAAGACAAAGAGGUGAUAAGGAAGAGGUUUGUGGACAGAGCCAAGAGGAUUGACACUGUGUCCCGAGCAGCCUUCCCUAUGGCCUUCCUCCUCUUCAACAUCUUCUACUGGAUAACAUACAAGGUCAUCAGGCAUGAGGACAUUGGCAUGCAGUCAGGGUAG